AUGGUGCUGCGUACGCCAACCGGGCAGCAGUCCUCCGUGGGGCCUCAGAGCUCGCAAACGGGAGCGAAUGGUACGGAAACGAUACCAGCCCCGCCGCCCAUGCCAAUCGACGGGUUAUUUCCGUAUCCGCGGCCGGCUUACGAGACCACGCGCUGCGAGAUUCGUACCUUUUGGAGCGCUAAUCCCGCUUUGUGGCUCGCACAGGUCAACGCAGCUUUUGAGGCCGGUGUAGUGCCGAACGAGCGCCAAAAAUUCAACACCGUGGUGGCGCGGCUUCCCCAGGGCAUCGCAGAGGAGCUGUCGGACCUGAUCUUCCAUCCUCCAGCUUUCAACCGCUACGCAGCCCUCUGCCAGGCGGUGCUACGUCGCCUCUCCACCUCAGCCGACACCCAGCUUCACCAGGUCCUGAACGAGGUGCGCCUGGAGGACCGCACUCCAUCCCAGCUGCUGCGUCACAUGAGACGUCUCGCCAACGACGCGAUUUCGGAUGAGGCCUUGAAGGUCAAAUGGCUCGAUAUCCUGCCGCCGCACACCAGCCGGCUCUGCCGAGUCCUGCAGACCAGCUCUCUCGAGGAACUGGCCCAGCUGGCUGACCUCGCCAUGGUUCCAGAGCCGCAGGUCCAUGCCGUCGCCUCUCGACUCUCAACACCUUCGUCGAGCGGCGUCUCGUCUCGCACGGCAUCGCCCCAGCCGGACUCGGACAUGGCCGCGCUGCAGGCUACGCUGGCGCAGCUCCUCACCACCUCGCAAAGGCAGAGCAAGCUGCUCGAGACCCUCGUGCGCAACAACACCAGCAACAACACCAGCAACAACAUCAGCAAUAGCAGUAGCAACAGCAGAGCCUUAUUCUUUCACCCCGGGCCUGGGAAACUGAAGGCGCCUCCGCCCCCGCAAGCCGAGGCGGUAGGCGCAGUCACGGAGAGACGCUUGCACAUCACCGACCAGUCAUCAAAACUCAAGUUCCUGGUGGACACCGGUUCGGCCAUCUCACUGCUGCCUCUCUCACAUUUCAAGGAGACGAGAAAACGUAGCCCUCUCACCCUCAGUGCAGCCAACGCCUCAGCGAUUGAUACCUACGGCACUCACUCGCUGACGCUGGACCUCGCUUUGGCCAAACCACUCAGCUGGAAGUUCAUCGUAGCCGAUGUCAGUGAUUCCAUCCUAGGCGCGGAUUUUCUGGCACAUUUCGGCCUCUCUGUCGACCUCCAUCACAGACAGCUCCUCGAUGCCGACCACUCACACCAUACCACCGGUGCAAUCCUUCCAGCUCGAGUCUUUUCCGUCGCAGUCAACAUCACGGCCGACGUCGCUGAGGGUGCGUUUGCUGACGUGUUGAGAGACCAAGAUCUAGCUACUCCAGGCAGCACCACCAUUUCACUACCGGAUCUCUCCGCCCUCCACCACAUCGUGACGAACGGUCCACCAGCUGUUUAUCAGACAGCUCCUGGGCGAGCCCUCUACAGCUGUCGCACCGUCCCGGACAGAUAUCCGCUCCCAGUUAUAGAGGACCUUUUACUGGAACUACAAGGCAACACCUUCUCAGUCAUAGACUUGAAGAAGGCCUUUUAUCAAGUCCCUAUCGCUCCCAAAGACGCGCACAAGACGGCGAUUACAACCCCCUUUGGGCUCUUCGAAUUCACUAGCUCGUCGAUGGGGCUCCGCAACGCGGCACAAUAUCACAAACGCGCAAUGGAUCAUCUUCUGCGCGACCUGCCGUUCGCGCGAGCAUAUCUGGACGACAUAGUCGUUGCAUCCAGGGGUCGGGAGCAGCAUUUGGAGCAUCUCCUCUUCGCCACUCUACGCAAGGUACGCAUCAAGAUCAAUCAGGACAA